AGCAAUCCUCAGCUUCUGACAAAAAUGAAAUACCAAAAGCAGCUAUUUGACAUAACCACCGAACAGACCCGAAUACUCGCCGAACGUUUCCGAGGCAUGUUUCGCAAGCAUCUUGAUCUUUCCAACGUGUCCAGUGAUGCGAUGUCGGCUGUCUUUCUGGAUCUGACGACAGAAUCCGAAUUCUGCCGAGGACGGAUCAUGUACUCGGCACCUCGACUCGGUCUUGAUCGGAAUUCCGAUGUUAUUCAGAUAUUCCAGUUUGACAAGGACCGCAUGCAAUGGAUUAUGGGGGAAUACUGUGACGAAAGUGCUUCCGGUUCAUCCAUGUGUGAGAACGUGUUACACCCGGAGUUCACACCAGUAGCAGGAAUUAAUAUCGAUCGGCAAGCUGUCGGAAUCUGGUGGAUAUGGACGCAUCGAUGCAUGAGCAAAUACUCGUGAAAUUGGCCGGGGGAGAUAUCAGGAAAUAUUUGAAAACGA